CUCCAGCUACACUUACCCAUCCGAGACUAAGUUUAAGCUGAAUAUUAGAUAAACUGACAUGGCAGGAUAGAAAUAUCGUGGCAUAUCACACUACUAUCGCCCGUUUCUUUUAUACGCUGCCUUUGUUAAAGUCCCGCAUCUGAACUGGGCACAAGCUAGGACAGGGACAGCCAUGUCCUCAACCUACGACGUCUACUCAACUCAACCAGCUUUUCCUUUUCUCGCAUCGUCUUUACUGGCUACAUAUGACAUGCGAAAUGUGAAUGCCGAUACUUCUAAGGAUAUCAAUUUCUCAUCUUCUACUAUCGAUACACCAGCUGCAUCAUCAUCAACAACAACAUCGUCAUGGAACCUCAGACCAGAUUUUGACGAGUUUCGCGAUAUGUCGAAAUAUCGAAAUCAUUCAAACCAUCUAUUUCGAUGUGGCAUCACUCUUGGACUCUCGUAUCUGAGGGAGUUGAAUACGUCGAACCCAGAUCAAAAUAGGGAUUUACUGGGCGAUAUCUCCAGAAAACUUUUAGCAGAUUUCCUUCUUGGACUUAGAGGAGAAGAAACCAAUAAAUACGAUGCUGCUACAAGAGUGUAUAUUGUUCAUCCAACUCACUCAACAACAUUUUCUCCACAUGAGUUGCUCGAGGCUCUUCUCAACAUUGAUCGAAACUGUCCUGGGCGGGAGGGGCAUCCACCACCGCUAUCACGAGACCAGGCUAUUGAUCUUUUAGAUCAUGUCCAGCUCCUGAGUGUUCAUGACUUCGCCUCUGCUAGCCAGGCCAUCAGCCAAGUCUCAGAUAUAUUAUAUCAAACAGAACAACAGCGCUACGGGCCGGAACCAGUUGAGCAAGAUGACGACGACAACCAGGAAUCACACAAGACCCCAGCAGUGCUACUCAUCAUCGAAGGCCUCGACACAAUGGCCGAGAACCUGAUUCGCAACUCGAAUGCGAUGCGCGGAAGCGCCGUCUUGAUGCCUGCGUUGAGAACCCUGACCUAUUUAUCUCGUACUUACGCUGCUUUUCUCUCGAUUAUGCUGCUUAAUACCACUGGUCUGGGCCCUUCUCUUCCUCCCUCAGCACCACCACCGUCAUCAUUACCGACUGGGGCCGUACAAACACCAUUAUCACAACAGCCUCCUCGAACAACAAAUACGAAUCAUACUACUAGCAUGAAAAGCGCUGGAGGGUUAUAUUCUGCCUUCUCACGAACACAAACCCGGAGACAGGAUGAUAAAGCUGACGACAUAGAUGGCGAUGAUAACGAGCCACUGCCGCUUCUGCAUACCCUGCUAUCGCGGACAGUCGAUCAAGGCCUGGACAUUCAUCUCCUUUUCCAAAUCAGACGGAAUCAGCUACUCGUCGAGGUAAUCAAGGAUCGCAAUGGCGAUGGGCUUGGGAAAUGGUGUGAGUGGGUAUAGAUUAGGGGAGAGGGGUAGCGUUUGUUUUAAUGUUACGAGGAAUGAGUUGAUGAAUGAGUAAUGCAUGCA